AUGAGCUCCUCGACAAAGGCCGCGCUGCUGCGCUUCAUCCGCUGGCUCGACUCGCCGCUGGGCCACGGCGUCCUCAAAUGCACCUUGGCCUACACCAUCGCCAGUCUGGCCACCUUCCUCACGCCGCUCUCCAACUUCCUCGGCACGCUCGACGGAAAACAUGUCGUGGCAACAAUCACAGUUUAUUUCCACCCGGCUCGGUCCACGGGCUCCAUGAUCGAGGCUGUCCUCAUCGCCGUCGUCGCCAUCGCAUACGCCGAGCUCGUUUCGAUCCUCUCCAUGGUUGUGUCGGUCCUUGUCGGCUCCGUCAUGGGUCUAGUCACUUUGGCGCAUGUAUUGGUCGUCAUACUGUUCAUCGGCGGUGGCUUUGGCUUCAUGGGAUGGGUAAAGCAAAAGAUGGCAAACCCGCUCGUCAACGUCGGCAGUACCUUGGCGUCACUGGCCAUCAUCUCCGUUGUUACCAAAGAAAACGCCGUCAUAUCAAACGUCUUUUCCAACCAAAAGAUUGUCCAGGUCUUCAAGAUGCUCAUCAUGGGCAUCACGUCCACGGCCGCCGUCAACGUUUUGGUCUGGAGGGUGUCGGCUCGCGAUCUCUUGAGGACUUCCAUGGCAAAGGCAACCACGUCGUUAGGAGGCAUGCUUUCCACCAUUUCCGCGAGUUUCCUGAAAGGCGUCGAGGAAGAGCAAAUGUCUGCGGAUUUCACUGCAUCCUCAGCCACCUACGCAGUCACCUACCCACAAAUGCUCAAGAACUUGCGAGAGGCCAAGUUUGAAGACUACCUCCUUGGUCGAGAGAGGAUUUACGUCUUGCAGCGAUCCACUGUCAAGGCCAUCGAGACCUUGGCUCGCUCUAUAGGCGGCUUACGCAGCGCAGCUAAUACCCAGCUGUCCCUUCUCAAGCUGGCCGAGUCAGACGAUGUGCCGCCUCCUCUGACGCGCUUCCUAACAGUCUCGUCACUUGGGGAUUUUGAAGGCAUAUCGCCCAGUAGUUCGAGCCCGAGAGCGGCGGCCCAUGUGUCAAGCAGGCCUAAUUCGCCAGGACAACGGCCUAGUUCAUCCGCCCAUGAUCACGAUGAUGGCCCUACCCCGUCAUCUCUCUUCAAGUUGUUUGUCGAUUUGAUAGGUCCAUCGAUGGAAGCUCUAACACAAAGCCUUGUCCUGAUUCUCCGAGAGUCGCCUUUGGGGUCUGCCCCCAAUUAUGAGGUUCCCAUCAGCGAUGAACUGCGGCAAUCGUUGACGGAAGCCCUGUUCCAGUUUAAUAUGGCUAGAUCCGAUGCCCUACGGCAAGUGUACAACAUGAUUGAGCGAGAGAAAUCCACGUCGAGGCGGAUACAGGCCGGCUUGGAGGAAGUCGCUGCUGCCUGUGGGCAUUUCAGCUUCAGCCUGCAGACGUUUGGCGAGGAAAUGCAAAAGUAUCUGGAUAUUCUCGACGAUCUCAAAUUUGUCAACGAGCACAACAAACGCAGCUGGCGUUGGAUACUCUGGUGGAGGAAGGACGAUACCGAGGUACAGGGUCGUAAAAUGUCAAGCUUGCCGUUCGAAACAUCACCCGAGGCCGAGAGCCUCAUCAAACCCAUCAGGAAGCGGGAUGUGCCCAGAGGUAUUCCGGAUUCCCUGGUUCGCCGUAGAGACACAUAUAAUUGGCAAGCAGCACCUAAUGCCAGCAAAAUACUGUCUGCGAUUUCCCAGUCCAUUCUGAGAUUUGUGCGGAAGAUUGCCCGAGACGACAUUCUCUUUGGGCUCAAGGUUGGCAUUGGCGCAUCUCUCUGGGCAAUGUUGGCCUUCUUAGAGGAUACUCGAGAGUUUUACAACCACUAUCGUGGCGAAUGGGGGCUUUUGUCCUUCAUGAUUGUCUGCUCCAUGACUGUCGGCGCUUCCAACACUACGGGCUGGGCUCGAUUCAUGGGGACAUUCUUUGGUGCAUUCUUCUCCUUGUUCAACUGGACAGUCAGCCAGGGCAAUGCGGCGGCACUCAUCAUACUUGGGUGGCUAGUUGCCUUUUGGAAUUUCUAUCUCAUUGUCGCUCGAGGCAAAGCUCCGCUGGGUAGGAUGACUAUCCUGGCGUAUAACGUGUCGACGCUAUACGCAUACAGCCUAAGCCAACGGGUUGACGAUGACGAUGACGACGAGGGUGGCCUGCAUCCCAUCAUGAUGAAAAUUGUAAAGCAUAGAGUUAUUUCGGUCACGGCGGGCAUUCUUUGGGGCCUGAUUGUUUGUAGGGUCAUCUGGCCCAUUUCGGCCCGCAGAAAGUUCAAGGAAGGUGUCUCGAUGCUCUACCUCCAGAUGGGUCUUAUCUGGAGGCGAGGGCCCCUUGCCAUCCUUCUCCGCAGCGAUUGUUCGGAAAGCUACCUCAAGUCUGGGGAGCAAGUUGCCAUGCAGAGGUAUGCCAACCGCUUGGAGAGUCUGCGACAGUCGGCUGCAUCGGAGUUUGAGCUUCGCGGCCCGUUCCCGAUGGAGACGUACGGCCGCAUCAUGCGGAGCACAAACCGGAUCCUAGACAGUUUUUACGCCAUGAGUCUCGUAGCACACCGGGAUAGAAACCUCAGUGCGGGCGAGCGCGCCUUGUUAGAGUACACGGCAACGGAGCGAGCCGUCCUGUGCGACCGCAUCUGCCACGUCUUUCAAGUGCUAGCCAGCUCCAUGAUGCUGGAAUACCCCCUGACCGAUGCGGUCCCUAGCGUCAUUGGCAUUCGCGAUCGGCUGCUCGCCAAAAUAUUCCAGUUCCGCAAAGAGCACUCAACCGAAGCCAUGAGAAACCUUGGCUUCAUCCCGGAAAGAGAAGUCGAGAAUGGUGAAAGCAGCCAUGAUGCCGCUGCGGCUGUUACUCCCAGUGACGCUCCUGUUGGUGCGGUGGUGGCUGAGGAGAAAGACUACGCUCUCCUCUACGCGUACACGCUGGUGACUGGCCAGGUCGCCCAGGAACUGAAGAUUGCAGAGAAGGAGAUUGAGAAACUGUUUGGUGUGCUCAGCGAAGAGUCUCCGCUACUUGUGUAA